GAAAAAAAGCAUAUCGCAUCCGCACUCGCACCGCUGCCGGAGAGAGCAUUUAGUACGGUCGUGACGUUCGCUCGUGACGUUUCGCUGUGUGUGCCACGGCAGUGAGUGCGUGAAAAAGCGAGGAAAAUCCGCGCGUGAUCGCUGCUACGGUAGGGUAGGGUUGCCGUGUGUGUGAGUGUGUGAGUGCUCUGGGUGGGCAAAGGUAACGCGCGCGUGUGUGUGUGUGUAUGUGUGGCUGGGUGGAAGGAAAUAGUUCUGAAGGGGGAGAUGGUGUGUGGAACAGGAAUAGCGAAUUGUAAUGAAUAGGUGAUAGGUUUGUUGUGUUUCUAAGGAUAACCUACGUCUUCAGGAAGUUUUGCCGAGCAUUUGACACGGUUACUUCACCCGGAAUAAUAGAUGACGCACAGCUAAAGAACGGUUUCGGUGUGCGAAUUUUCAUUUACGGAAAAGUCAGACAUCCUCCAGCCAGCCGGAGGACCCGUUUCCCGAGAGCAGGGCAGGAUCAGUUGUUAGCACGGUGUAGUGUGAGCGAACUAGGUGCACGUGCGAGUGAACGAGAGGGUGCGAUAGAGAGCGAACACCGAGCACGUGAGAGGAAUAGGCAACAUAGCACAAAAAAACCAGGAAAAUCGGAAUCGCAGCAGGAACUGUGCGCGGGAAGAAAAUCAAUAAAUUUCACUCAAGGUUAUUCACACUGGGCUUUUUGGUUGGGUUGGGUGACUCGACGGCAGUAAUACCAGCCGGAGACAACAACACACGCUCCUCGGGAGCUCCUACCCGAGGCCUUCUCCAACAAAAGGAACAGUUCCCGAGGCAAGCUGACUGGCUGGCUGGCUGGCUGAGCAGCAGAAAGCGGACAAGCCGGAAUAAAUUGAGCGUUGCUCGCUUUUGGAUUGUCCUCCCGAAAGGAAAGUGCUGGUAGAAAAGUGUGUGCAAUUGUGCAACUGUGUAUGUGUGUGUGUCUGCCUCGAAAUGCGGGAUUUAUAAAGUAAACAAAAAAAAACACCGAAAAAAGUCUUAAGGACGAAAAGCUAAUAGAAACGUUGUCGUCCUGCGGCAGCAACAAAACAAAAAAUCCUAGCCAGCUCCCAGAAAAUCGUGACAUCCGGAGGGAACCGCAGAACCAGAAGAUUUGCAGCCACCUAACGAGACAAACGGUCAAACCCAACGGCAUGGCCUUGGCUUUCACGGCGAACGAACAGGCCCGAGACAAAACCAAGUCAUGAAAAAUGUAAAUUUCAUUCCGAACCAUCCAUGAAAACGGACCGCUUUCCGGUUUCGCCGACUAGCGUGUGACAUAGCAGCAACCGAAUAUUUCGAAACACAAUUGUCUGUGUCCUGUUUGUGAGUGUGUUGAUGUGUGUGUGUGUGUGUGAAAAAUAGCGAAGAAAGUGGACCAUGAACCGGCGCGGCUCAUUUGUUCGGCAAUGGUUGCCACCGAUGGUGCAAAUGGUGAUGUCUUGCGGUUGACUUCAGGUAGUCGUGGCAGUGCGCGGACAGUACGCAAAAACUCAACCUGGAGCUAGGAAAUUUGUGCAACUUGCUGGUGACAGUUUGCUGGAAAGUGAUAGUGGCCCCGAGGUGUGUGCUGAAGUGUGUGUAGUGAACCAGGUGCAAAGUCCCACAUUUGGGAAUUUCGACCAGUGUCCAGUAUGCGUGUGAAGGUAAACAGUUGCCUCAGGAUGUGGGCGACCAGUGUAGGGUUGCUGCUGGUGACAGUGUGCGGUUUUGGUGCGAGUUCCGGUGGGCCUGCGCCCCAGUGGGACCAUCUGGUGGACUUUGAUCCCAACUAUCGGCUGCUGUGGAGUGUCGGAGGUCAGGAGGUGACGUUCGAGAUACAGGCCCGCACCCUCGGCUACGUUGGGGUUGGGUUUUCGCGCGAUGGCACGUUGGUCGGUGCGGAUAUUGCUGUUGGAUGGAUCGAUCAAGGACACGUCUAUCUACAGGAUCGACACAUCCGACCGGACAGCGAUGGUGAACCAAUUGUCGACUCCUCGCAAGACUACACGCUUCUGCUCGGCUACGAGAACACAACCCACACCGUAAUUAGAUUUAAGCGCAAUCUGGAUACCUGUGAUAUGAAGGAUGACUUCCCGAUAACGAACGACACCAUGCGUGUUCUUUUCCUGUACUCGAAGGAAAAACCACAGAAAGGUUCGAACGCCACCCUACCCCAACCGCUCGUCGCCUUCAAGGGUUCACGUUCGAUCUUCCUAACGCAACGGUCCAGCCAGGACGAGCUGUUGAAUGCACCGAGCGUUAGCAUACUGGAGCUGCGCAACGAAGAUGUCGAGCUGCCGGACAGUGACGAAAGCUUGUACUGGUGCAAAAUCUUCAAGCUGGACGACUUCGCCCAAAAGCAUCAUCUCGUGCGGUACGAACCAGUGUUCGAUUCGAGCACGAGCGUCCUCUACCUUAACCAUCUGAUCCUGUACGAGUGUCAAGGAUUGUCGCAGGAGCUGGAGCAACUGUCCCGCGAGCGUGGUUCGCCCUGCUUCCGGCUGCAACCGAUGCACUGCAACACCGUCGUAGCUAAUUGGGCCCGCGGAUCUGACGGCUUCACCUUCCCACCCGAGGCGGGCUACCCGCUAGAAUCGCACCAAGCCACGUACUACAUGCUCGAGACGCACUACAACUAUCCCGACUACACGUACGAUUUCUCGCCAUUCUAUCGGAAGAAUCUGAGCAAGCAGCAGCGCAACAUGAACAUUAAAUCGCGCGACGAAGCGGCCGAACCACAGCCAGAAGACAGCGAUCCCCGGUCCAACGGUGAUGAAGACCUUGCCGACGAUGGAGACGACAGUAUCGCGAUGGAGCAACAGAUGGUGGACAAUUCGGGCCUGAAGCUGUACUACACGCGCAAGCUGCGGCAGCACGAUGCCGGCGUGCUGUCCGUCGGGCUCGACCCCAACUGGCGUCACAUUAUACCGCCCCGACAGGAGAAUGUUAUCUCGCAGGGCCACUGCAUUGGAGCCUGCACGCAGCGAGCAUUCCCGCGCGACGGCAUCAACAUCUUUGCCGUCAUGAGCCGAACGCAUCUGAUCGGACGGCAGGUGAAACUCCGACAGAUUCGAGGCAACACGGAGCUACAGCCAAUAAUGCGUGACACAAACAUCGAUCCAAGCUAUCAGGACUACCGGCGGCUGACCGUACCGACCAAGGUACUGCCGGGCGAUAGUCUCGUGGCGGAAUGUAUCUAUGACAGCUCGUCCCGCAAAUCCAUCACUCUCGGUGGCAUGACGACCCGAGAGGAAAUCUGUAUCAUCCUGACGCUGUACUACCCUCGUCAGCGUGAGCUGACAUCGUGCCAUUCGCUGCCAAGUCUGCCGACCGUGCUACAUUCGCUCGGCAUCGAGGAGCUCGCCUCCGGUACCAACCCGGUCGUGAUAGCUUCCCCGGCCGAGCUGGCCGGUAUGACGCUCGAGAGACGGCUCACAUCCUACGACUGGGAGAAUCAGUUCGAGAGCUUCCAGGACGCGACCAGGCAAGGUUCCUUCAAACCGCUCUGCUGGACGCCCACCAACACGAUGCUACCGGGCAUCGAGUCGGAAUCGUUCAGCAGUAACAUAACGCGCCACUGGAAACCGGUGGACUCGUGUCGAAACAUUCACACCAACCUGGUCACCGAGACGGGCGCACCGAACAUGAUCGAUAUGCCGGCGAUGGACGAUCACGAAUCGACCAACAUGAUCGAUGCCGAUCUGAAGGCGAAAAUGUCCCGCAGCGGGCAGCAGACACCGGCGACCACCAACCAUCGGCAAGUCGGCCGUAGCUCCGGCUCAACACUGCUCGAAUCGUUCCUCGCCCUAACGAUGGCCGCCGUUCUUGGGUUCGCUUUACAGUAAAGAUAGAGGAAAGGUACGGCGGAGCAUGCACAAAACAAGCAUACGGAAAGCAAUAAAUACACACUACACUCUUAUCGACGACACACGCAUGCCACUUGCCAACCCCCCCAUCCCGGAAGCUCAUUAAACCGGUCGCGAAACGGAAACAAUAUGUACACCCCCCCGAAUCGUACUCACCCGUUUUAGAGCGCACCGGGGGCUACAGUGCGGAUGGAGUAUUUUCCCUUUUUCGGCCCUAUUUUGCUUAUCUGUAAAUAUGUCAUGUAUGAAACGGUACGAUAUUGGCACACCGGCACACAUCGAGCUCGGGGAAGGAAAGCGAGCACGGCGUGUCGAGCAUGAUUUGUAUAGGGGUAUGAAGAACGGGAAGCUACAACUACAUUUAAAACGGCACAAACACACAUGAUGCAUGUAUAUAAUCUCAUUGAAUGUGUAAAACCUACUAAUAUAGCACAACGCGAAGGGAUGAAGGAUACAGUGAACGGUUCCAAAGCAGAAAAACCAAACCCCGUGGCAAUAUAAGCGUUGAGUAAUGUUUAGUCAUUGUGUUAGAAUCGAUUUGUUUCUAUUUAAUGCUCCACUUCUUCUUUCGUUAUUUAACUUGUUUCACAUCUUUUGUACACUUCUAACAAACCAAAACCAUUGCAAAGAAAACGAACAAACCGAUAGGGGUGUCAAAGACGUAUCAUUACCUUAAACAUCAUCAUCAUUGAAAGCGACAAUUGUAGUUCCUUUUUAACGAAGGGGCAAAGGGGAAUGCAAUCGAGAGCUAAUUGUAACAGUGCAUAGUGAGUAAAUGCGGGCGCAGUCUAGAAUUGUAUAAUGUCAAACCAAAAACAGAAAAGGCAGGAAAAGUAAGUCAAGCGAUGAAAGCACACCAAAAAACUGAUAAACACACGAACGCGCGUGAGCAAACCAAAGUGAUUAUGGAAUAAAAAUGUCAAACAGGUA